AUGUCUCCGCGUGGCGACGAGCAGGAACAUGGCGAGCUUGAAGGGCGUGGUGGUGGAAAGCGCAACAACGCGAAGGCGGCGGCGGCGGCCAAGGGCACUCCCUCGGGGAGGCUCUUGCAGGACGUGGCUGGUGGCGACGAGCAGGAACAUGGCGAGCUUGAAGGGCGUGGUGGUGGAAAGCGCAACAACGUGAAGGCGGCGGCGGCGGCAAAGGGCAGUCCCUCGGGGAGGCUCUCGCAGGACGUGGCUGGUGGCGACAAGCAGGAACAUGGCGAGCUUGAAGGGCGUGGUGGUGGAAAGCGCAACAACGCGAAGGCGGCGGCGGCGGCCAAGGGCAGUCCCUUGGGGAGGCUCUCGCUGGAUGUGGCUGGUGGCGACGAGCAGGCGCUGCCCAGGCCUGUUAUAGAAGGGCUAGCAGACCAGCGAGGUGGUGGCGGUAUCGAUCAGAAUGAGGACAAGCCUGCAGCAGUGACUGCUGGGAAAGAGCAUGGACCCACCGACCCGUAUGCUGCGUUACGCGAGCAGAUGGAUUCGUCUGGGAAGGGAGAUCCGAUCGCUUGGGGGUCAGCGCGAGCCCCUGUUCAUGGCGCUGCUUGUCUGGUAUGGGUGGCAUGCGGCGCAGAGAUAGCAGCAGCCCUCUCUGUCAUCCCCACGCGCCCAAUCCCUUCUUUCCGCUUGCUCCUCCCUCCCCUCUCUAUCCCAUCCCUCGCCCUCCUCUUCCAGAGCCUCUCUAAACGAGCCCCUCUAAACGGUGCUGCUGGUCUGGUGUGGGUGGCAUGCGGCGCAGAGAUAGCAGCAGCCCUCUCUGUCAUCCCCACGCGCCCAAUCCCUUCUUUCCGCUUGCUCCUCCCCCCCCUCUCUAUCCCACCCCUCUCCCUCCUCUUCCACAGCCCCUCUAAACGAGCCCCUCUAAACGGUGCUGCUGGUCUGGUGUGGGUGGCAUGCGGCGCAGAGAUAGCAGCAGCCCUCUCUGUCAUCCCCACGUGCCCAAUCCCUUCUUUCCGCUUGCUCCUCCUUCCCCUCUCCAUCCCAUCACUCUCCCUCCUCUUCCAGAGCCCCUCUAAACGAGCCCCUCUAAACGGUGCUGCUGGUCUGGUGUGGGUGGCAUGCGGCGCAGAGAUAGCAGCAGCCCUCUCUGUCAUCCCCACGCGCCCAAUCCCUUCUUUCCCCUUGCUCCUCCCCCCCCUCUCUAUCCCACCCCUCUCCCUCCUCUUCCAAAGCCCCUCUAAACGAGCCCCUCUAAACGGUGCUGCUGGUCUGGUGUGGGUGGCAUGCGGCGCAGAGAUAGCAGCAGCCCUCUCUGUCAUCCCCACAGCCCCUCUAAAUGGUGCUGCUGGUCUGGUGUGGGUGGCAUGCGGCGCAGAGAUAGCAGCAGCCCUCUCUGUCAUCCCCACGCGCCCAAUCCCUUCUUUCCGCUUGCUCCUCCCUCCCCUCUCUAUCCCAUCCCUCGCCCUCCUCUUCCAGAGCCCCUCUAAACGAGCCCCUCUAAAUGGUGCUGCUGGUCUGGUGUGGGUGGCAUGCGGCGCAGAGAUAGCAGCAGCCCUCUCUGUCAUCCCCACGCGCCCAAUCCCUUCUUUCCGCUUGCUCCUCCUUCCCCUCUCCAUCCCAUCACUCUCCCUCCUCUUCCAAAGCCCCUCUAAACGAGCCCCUCUAAACGGUGCUGCUGGUCUGGUGUUGGUGGCAUGCGGCGCAGAGAUAGCAGCAGCCCUCUCUGUCAUCCCCACGCGCCCAAUCCCUUCUUUCCGCUUGCUCCUCCCCCCCCUCUCUAUCCCACCCCUCUCCCUCCUCUUCCAAAGCCCCUCUAAACGAGCCCCUCUAAACGGUGCUGCUGGUCUGGUGUGGGUGGCAUGCGGCGCAGAGAUAGCAGCAGCCCUCUCUGUCAUCCCCACGCGCCCACCCUUUCUAUCCCAUCCCUCGCCCUCCUCUUCCAGAGCCCCUCUAAACGGUGCUGCUGGUCUGGUGUGGGUGGCAUGCAGCGCAGAGAUAGCAGCAGCCCUCUCUGUCAUCCCCACGCGCCCAAUCCCUUCUUUCCGCUUGCUCCUCCCCCCCCUCUCUAUCCCACCCCUCUCCCUCCUCUUCCAAAGCCCCUCUAAACGAGCCCCUCUAAACGGUGCUGCUGGUCUGGUGUGGGUGGCAUGCGGCGCAGAGAUAGCAGCAGCCCUCUCUGUCAUCCCCACGCGCCCACCCUUUCUAUCCCAUCCCUCGCCCUCCUCUUCCAGAGCCCCUCUAAACGGUGCUGCUGGUCUGGUGUGGGUGGCAUGCAGCGCAGAGAUAGCAGCAGCCCUCUCUGUCAUCCCCACGCGCCCAAUCCCUUCUUUCCGCCGCUCCUCCCUCCCCUCUCUAUCCCGUCCCUCUCCCUCCUCUUGCAGAGCCCUUCCAAACGGUGCUUCUGGUCACGUGUACUAUUUCAUCCCCUCUCUCCCCCCUCUAUCUCCCUGCUCUCCCCUACCUCAACCAGAGCCCCUGUUCAUGCCAUCCGUUGGUUCUUCUCCCACACUCCCCUUCUCCCGCCACCCGUUUAACUCCCGCCCUCCUCUUCUCUCCUGCCACCCCCUUCUCUCCCGCCCUCCCUUCCUCUACCGCCCUCCCCUUCUCUCCCGCCCUCCCCUUCUCUCCCGCCCUCCCCCUAUCUCCCGCCCUCCCCUACUCUCCCGCCCUCUCGCCAUUCAUUCCCCCCCGCCCUCGAUGAGGGAAUCAGAGGGUCAGCUCGUGGGGAAACAACAGAGACGGGCUCCCGUUUGCCAACGGCCGGGCUUAUCAAAGGUUAAGAGGACUGACUGGAACGUCUCCAACUCCCACCGGAAGAACAGUGAAUGGAUGGGGGGUUUGCACUGUAAUGUGCGGUGGAUUAUCAAGGACCACUUCACACGCCACACCCCCGUGUACAACACAGACGUGAAGGGCUUCAAGUGGGGCGACCGUGGGCUGUAUGUUCACGAGUCAGAAUUUGAGGCCUUCCGGGGGAAGGCUGAGCUUGAUGACGAAACGAAGGACCUGAAGGAGGAAGAGCAGGAGGUGUACGAAUCGGAGGACAUGGGGGAGGAGAAGGAGGAGGAGGAUGAGGAGGAGGAGGAGGAGGAGGAGGAGGAGGAGGAGGAGGAGGAGGAGGAGGAGGAGGAGGAUGACGAGGAGGAGGAGGAGGAGGAGGAGGAGGAGGAGGAGGAGGAGGAGGAGGAGGAGGAACAGAGGGAAGCGGACGAGGAAGAGGAGAAGGAAGAGGAGCUGGGGGAUAAGAAACAGGGGGGGCAGGAGCGGAGGAAGGGCAGGAAGCACAAGAGAGGCAGAGGGCAGGGAAGCAGGAGGGAAGAGGAAGUGGAGGAAGAUGAGGAAGAGGAGGAGCAGGAGGAUGAGAAACAGGGGGGGCAGUCGCGGAGGAAGGGUAGAAAGCACAAGAGAGGCAGAGGCAAGGGAAGUUGGAGGGAAGUGGAAGAGGAGGAAGAGGAGGAAGAGGAGAAAGAGGAGGAAGAGGAUGAGGAUGAGGAUGAGAAGCAGGGGGACCAGGAGCGGAGGAAGGGCAAAAGGCACGAAAAUGGCAAAAGAAGGGGAGGCAAGAGGGCCAAAUGA